AUGGGCGUGACCCAAACAGAAGGCCACAGUGAACAAGGCUCCGAUGUCCAGUCGACCACAGGGAUACAAAUGGAAUCCCGGGACAAAGACCAACUCAAAGGACAACAGACGACGAAAAAACAAGAAUACCCUGUCCAAUCAUCGCCCAAAUCAGCCCAUGCUGAUCCAAGUGGCACUGCCACCGACCCAACCAUCCAGCAAUCAGUCCCAGUUGCUAAUAGGCAAGAAGACGGAGCUUACAACUCCAAGCACAAGCACUCAAACACCCAGGGUCUGGCCGCUGAGAAGAGGUCGGGAACAACCCAAAGUGCCAUCUGCACCGCGUUUAGAGAGGGUCUCGAGUCUGGAAAAUAUGAAAUACCCGAGUGGGGGAAGCAAAACGGUACAGGGAAGGCUGCAACUCCUGUGUCGUAUGGCUUUCCACCUGCCUUGCCCCCAAAUUACCGCUCCCGGCAUCGAGCACGAUUUGAUCGUGCAUGUCUUCUUCCCGAUCGGAAGCUACCCUUCAACGCCCAGAUUAUGGAACACGUGAAGGACUGGGCCGACCUGGGCUCAAGAAUUGAGGACAGUCAACGACGAAAGGAAGUGCUCGACCGUGCUUUUGAGACAUUGACGAACGUUUGGUAUGAAGCAUUACGCGUCGGAUAUGAUCCUGGUCCUAGCGAGCCGACUGGGAAGGGGCCAAAGUCAGCACAGCAGACCAGAACAACUGUUGUCAGCAGUAAGACGAAGAAGGAACAUGGCCCUGGACGUCCUCCAGGGCCUGUAGGGAAAUCGCGUCAAAAGAGUCCGUCCAGAGCACCCAUCUUCAUAUCGCGAAGUCACAGGGAUGGAUCUUAUUGGGCAAUCACUGCAGGCGAAUUACAGGAGGCCUGUGUCUCUGAAGAGCGCAUUCGUCAAAGAGCCACGUCGGGCGACCUAAAGGAGGGUCAACAGCUUCUGGAAGAUGUUCUUCAACGCCUAGGAGGAACCAUCUCCCGGAGUGAUUGGUGGAAGACCAUCAAGACGACAAAGCUGAACCCAUGGGGCCGGAACCUGCUGCUCUAUUCCCUUUACGAGGUGCAAAUGUCGCGGCAAAGCAUUUCACACCUUGAACAGCUCUACGCAGGCUUUUCACAGGCCCGACAAAGGGAGAAUACUCAAAGACGAAUCGAUGAAGAAAAAGAGCGGUAUAACUUGUUCAUGGCGCUCGCUCUGGAGGUGAAUGACAAAGCCUCCUCAUCGCGGUCAUCAACUCCCCCCGAUGCCCAGGCCGACACUGGAGAGAGUUCCCAUUGCCCGGUCGAAACACCUCCCGUCAUGAACCUGGAUCCUCCAACAGAUGUGGGCUCAUUAGCAUCGAUCAUCAAAUUAGCCGACGCCGUCCUCAACGAGACAGACCCUGCAAACUUGAUUACUUGCUUGGAGGCCGGUGGGCUCACGGAUAUUAGCAACAUUGCGGAUGUACUUCCAGAUGGUCCAAGGAGCAUUCUUGAUCGAACCAAACACAAUAUGGGUGCCUUGUUGCUCCAUGCAAGAGAAACGUGUUCUCUGUCGGAAAGCAAUGGACAAGCUGCUGAUUUUAAUGCAGACAGAAAAGAUUGUGAGAAAGCCCAAGUCCUUGAAAGCAAGAUCUUUCAGAAAAAGAAAAUACUUCAACUUCUGCUGCCUCUGUUGGAAGCUGAGCUUUAUCGAGCACAGAAAAGGGAGACGCACGCUCAUGUCGCAUGGGAUGAUGCGCAUGUCACAGGAGAGAAUUCUCCCCUAUCAUCGGAGACCCAAGCACACAUUGUCACAGGCUCAUUGUCCACCGGAAACAAUGCCCUCAAACAUGCACUGUCUGCUGAAGAUUUGACUGCUGUUGAGGGUGAGCUGUCACCCAUGAAAAAGCAGAAAACACACCAAGACCAGCAGGUGGACAGCCCAUCUUUAACAGCCGUUAGCGGUGAAUGUGAUGUUGCAGGUAAGAAUACUGGCGCCACUACAGGGGAAAACAAGCUGGAAGCUCGGGCAAGGAGAGUCCAAAACUCCGUUGAACAACCUGACAGCAAGAAAGCCCAGUAUAUUCGAUUCCAGAUCCUUCCAAAAGUUAACGACAUGCUCACUAGGGCUGGGAUGGCGCCAGCCACAACCACUAGCUGGCGACAGCUGCGAGAGGCCCUCGGCGACGCCGGAGUACCCAUCGAAGAUCGAAAUGCCUUGACUAGAGAGAUAAAUGGGGGUUUCGAACAAGGAUGGCAAAUUCCAGAGCAAGAUGCUUCGACAUCCGCACCAUCUGGCGCCCUGACUACUAAUGGUGAUUGCCCACAGGCAGUUCAACAGCCGCUUCAGGCGGACGAUAUAAUGCUCUCAUCAAGGACGAUUCCCACAAUGGAACCCGACCGUCGCUCGCUCAUCGUCAAGCUUCCUCUGCCAUUAACUUUCAAUCCAGCUGAACUGUCCAGCGACACAGUCUUUUCACACAAGGGUUUCAAAUAUCGAUACACGCGUCAGUCAACUUUCGCGCAGCGAAAAUCCAUGGACGAGGUUCUUGACACAUACGUUCGUGAGCGAAGCAGACCUCAACCUGAAUUGAUGGCAGACUGGCGGCCAGAACCUCGCUUUGGUACGUACGAAGUGCUCACACAUCCUGAAGACCCGGAGCGGACCAGUAUCAUACACGGUUUCUGGGAUCAGAGAGAUGGCAGUCAAGUACAAGGACAGGAGUGGUUCUACCAUGGCGACGGUGAGAUGGAGCAUAUGGGGCAGCAUGAACAACUAACAACCGAGGACAAUGACGGUGACAGCGGUAAUGAUGACCAAACUACGCCACUUUCAGACGUAAAUGCGCAGUCCACCGCGACUUCUCAGUCAAAUUCGCUUGUCAACAAACAUCUCAAGAACGUCCUCCGCCUCAAACGCAAUAGUACACAUUGGACAGUGGAUAAGAGCAGCGUCGAAAAGAAGGGAAGGUCGAAAAGCAAAGCAAAGCACAGAGUCACCAGCAUGGUUGGGCCGUCGCCAUUGUCACAGUCCAUGACCACCACACGAUCUGGCGCAAGCUCCGCAGAAAGAGCAAAGCGACAUAAGACAAAGAGAAACCAUGCCAAGGAUGAGGAUUAUGAUACGGAGUAUCAGCCUUCAGACUAG